CCAAACUUUCGAUAACACGGUUGUCACUAAUUUCAUCAUUUCUUACUUGGCAUAUUUGUGUUUAAAAAAUUAUGUAAAUUAAUAUUGGUCUAAUCAUUGAACUUUAUUACACUUUUUAUGAUCGCAUGCAAUCAUGGCGUCUAAUAUUAAAGUUAAAAAAUAUGGUGCCGGCUGCCAACCUUUCACUGUUUUAAUUGAAGGCAAUAUUGGCAGCGGCAAAACUACGUUCUUGAAUCACUUUAAACAAUUCGAAGAUCAGGUUUGCUUAAUAACUGAGCCCGUAGACAAAUGGCGCAACCUGCAGGAGUUUAAUUUGUUGAGUUUGAUGUAUUCGCAACCGGACAAAUGGGCUAUGCCGUUUCAAUCUUAUGUGAAUUUGACGAUGUUGCAAAGCCAUACUAUGCAAACCGAUAAGCCUGUAAAAUUAAUGGAACGAUCAUUAUAUAGUUCCAAGUAUUGUUUCGUUGAGAAUUUGUAUAAAAGCAAAUUGAUGGAACCUGCCAUGUACCACAUUCUGCAAGAAUGGUAUAAAUUCAUCGAGGAGUCAAUACACAUUCGGGCUGAUUUAAUAGUUUACCUGCGUACAUCCCCAGACAUCGUGCAUAAACGCAUACAGAAGAGGGCCCGUUCGGAAGAGAGUAGUAUAUCCUUAAAGUACUUACAAGAAUUGCAUGACUUACAUGAAAAUUGGCUAAUGGCUAAUCAGGGCUACAAUUCAAAAGUCAUUGUUUUAAAUGCUGAUUUGGACUUGGAACAAAUUGGCACUGAGUACAAACGUUCUGAAAAUCAUAUAAUUAAUGCUGCCUUUGCUCAACAACAGGCUGUGCUGGUCUCGCCUAGUAAAAGUCAUUCCUUAGACGACUAAUUAAUAUUCAGUCUACAAACUGCAGAAAUUGUAAAUAUUAAAUGAAAUAAUUGAAAAAGGAGAAGCUACGUAUAUGGAAGCCCCAAUCAUUGGAAUAACAAGUACCUUUUCAUCAUUGCUGUGUAAAAACUCUUCUAUAUUAACAAAAUAAGCUGUGGAAACAAUCAACAAUCAAAUCUGAAUCUUAAGUGU